AUGUCGGCUAUCGCACGGGCGGCAACCAUACGGGCCCAGGUUCCUGGCCUCAAGGCUACAUACGGCAAUGCCAUCGCAUCUCCACGAGCUUUGUUCCAGAGCGGUUCCUACUCAACUCUACCUUCUACCUCUUUUACAUCACAAAACAACAGGACGACCCUCUCCCAGCCCUUCCGACUCGUCUCCCCAUACACUGCUUUGCCUUUGACGCGGUCAUUCCAUGGCGCUGCGGCUCGCUGGCAACAACAGCAGAAAGAGAAGCCGACCGAAGAAAAGCAGAGUGAAGGAGCCAGCCGCGAGAAGGGCGAAGAAGCGAAAGACGAAGGGAGCAAAGAAGAAGGACAAAAGGAAACGCCUCCACCACCGCCACCUCACGGAGACAAGACUCCCUGGCAAGUCUUCAGGGAGACUCUUCAGUCAGAAUUCAAGGCAUCCAAGGAAUGGAAUGAGUCCACCAAGGCUCUUGCAUCGUCUGCCCACCAGUUCGCCGAGAAUGAGAAUGUCAAGCGUGCUCGUGCUGCUUAUGAAGCUGCUUCAGGAGCGGCAACUUCUAAGACCUCGUCUGCAUUGAAGACAACUGGCCAUGCCAUCGGUAAAGGAGCUACGUGGACUUGGAACACGCCCGUUGUCAAGGGUAUCCGAAAGGGUGUCAAUGUGACUGGUGCUGGACUCGAGAAGGCUACCCGGCCCGUGCGCGAAACCGAGGCCUACAAGAACGUGAAGGAAGCUAUUGAUGAUGGCAGCAGCUCCCGCUAUGGUGGCUGGAUCGAGAAAGAGGAACGCCGUAGACAGCGGCAACUACGUGAAGAGAAAGAGUUGCAGAGUGGGCGUCGUCGGGCUGAGCCGAUGGCUGAAGAUCCAAAUGCGGGAACCAAUGUCACUCUUCACAAAGAUGCCGCAUGGAAGGAGUCGUGGCGCGACUUCAAGGACUCCAAUCCUAUGAUGCAGAAGCUUUUCGCUUUGAAGGAGACAUACAAUGAAUCUGAGAACCCUCUCAUUAGUACUGCACGAAGCAUCUCGGACCGCGUUGCUGGUUUCUUUGCCGAGAACGAAACUGCCCAGGUCAUUAAGAAGUUCCGCGAAAUGGACCCCAACUUCCAGAUGGAAUCAUUCUUGAGAGAGAUGCGCGAAUACAUCCUUCCCGAAGUUCUUGACGCCUACGUCAAGGGUGAUGUCGAGACGCUCAAGCUUUGGUUGUCGGAUGCGCAGUUCCACGUGUACGCUGCUCUUUCCAAGCAAUACACCACCGCCGGUCUAAAGUCGGACGGUCGGAUCCUCGAUAUCCGUGGUGUUGAUGUUUCUAACGCUCGUAUGCUGGAACCUGGCGAGAUCCCCGUUUUUGUUGUUACCUGCCGUACACAAGAAGUUCAUGUGUACCGCAACGUGAAGUCCGGUGAACUCGCAGCCGGUAUGGAGGACAAGGUGCAGCUGGUCACUUACGCCAUCGGUCUCACAAGAAUACCCGAGGAUGUCAACAACCCUGAAACCAGAGGAUGGAGAUUGAUCGAGUUGCAGAAGGCUGCCCGUGACUACAUCUAG